UUAAUAAAAAUUCGCCGCGCAACAUAAAUAACAAUCCAGUUUCUAGCGGUCAAGGUCAUCGCGAUAACGCUGCACCCGGGUGCACUGCGCCUAGUGAUAGAAAUUCCCAGCCGGAAGUAUCUUUGUGUAGCACAUUCGUCGCGCUGCCGGCGCGCACGCACGUGACCGCGCGGCAGACCACAAACAGUACUAUACUUCUAGCCACCGCGCAAGCUAUUGUUUACGAUACGAGUGGAUCACCGAUAAUCGUGCGUUGUUUACUAGAUAGCGCGUCGCAAAGUAGUUUUAUUACUUCCCAUUGUUUCCGACGUCUCGGACUAUGGAAUAAAAUGAAAAAUUGUAAUUUAAUAGUUACAGGAAUCGGUGGCUCGGAAAAACCGUGUAAGGGUUCCGUAGAUAUUAGAAUAUAUUCGCGCCUUAAUAAUAAUAUUAAUUUUAAUGUUUCCUCGCUUAUAGUGGAUAGUAUUACGGACAUGUUGCCGAACGCUCAUGUGGACGUAUCCGCACUUACUCAUCUCGAGAAAUUGCCUCUCGCAGAUUUAGAUUUUGCGCUUCCGGGUAAUAUCGAUAUUUUGAUCGGAGCUGCAGUAUUCCCGCACUUACUGCUACCUAACAUAGUACGCAGUGAGCAAGAUAAUUUACCUCCCGCUAUUGAGACGGUUUUCGGUUAUGUGAUUAUGGGCGCCGUGCCUACGUCACAUAGUUCUCGUUAUACUACGUCUUGCUGUUCUGUUCUUCAAGAAAAUAACAUUAAUUCUCUCGUAAAGCGAUUUUGGGAGCUUGAAGAGAUUUCCGCGCCGCCCUCGAUGAGUCAUAAGGACCUCGAGUGUGAAGAACAUUUCCGCGCUACUACUGUUCGCGAUAACAGUGGUAGGUAUAUAGUCGCGUUACCAUUUUGUGGUGACCCUUAUUCGCUAGGCGAUUCGUACGCCGUCGCUCUCAGACGUUUUCAUUGUUUAGAACGAAAACUGAAUUCGUCACCUAACUUACGCCGCGCUUAUAAUGACGUUAUUCGUGACUACAUCGAUAAAUAUUUUUUGAGCCCAGUUGUGAGUGAUAACGCUGACUGCGUUCCCGCAUAUUAUAUUCCGCAUCACGGUGUAGUUCGCGAAGAUAAAAUUUCCACUAAACUCCGCGUAGUUUUAGACGCUAGCUGUCGGACUACAUCGGGCCAGUCUAUCAAUGAUAUUUUGCAUACUGGACCGAAUCUACAGGGUGAUUUAUUUAACAUAAUAAUAAAUUUUCGUCUUUUCAAAAUUGCUUUGUCAGCUGAUUGUCGACAAAUGUUUCUUAAUAUAGGCGUUCACGAAUCUGACCGUAGAUUCCAGCGUAUAUUUUACCGCUUUAGUAAUGAUGAACCUAUAACGGUUUACCAAUUUAACCGCGUUUGUUUCGGACUUAGGUCCAGUCCAUAUCACGCCUUACGAGUUGUGCGUCAACUGAUUGCUGAUGAAGGCGAUGAUUUUCCCGCUGCUGCGUUAGCAGCUUCUAAGUCUUUAUUUAUGGACGAUAUCGUUUGUAGCGUUAUAGACACUCCGCGCGCAAUUUCGCUUUGUGAAGAGCUUAUUCAGCUUUUCAAGCGAGGCCAAUUUGAUCUUGUCAAAUGGACGAGUAAUUCAAAGGAGGUUCUCGCACACUUAUCUGAUUCUCAUAAGGCUUCACCGGACGUUGAGUUCGAUAAGUCCAUUCCGCAUAAGGUCCUUGGCUUGCGCUGGGACAAAUCGCAAGAUAGUUUUCGCUUUGACGUCGCACUGCCUGAUGCGAAGUGUACCAAACGCAUAAUGCUGUCCACAAUAGCUCGACUUUGGGACAUAAUGGGUUUUGUGGCUCCCACCAUUUUGUACGCCAAGCUCUUGAUAAAAGAGCUUUGGUUGGCAAAGUGUGAGUGGGAUGACGCACCUCCUAAACAUAUAGUCGCAGCCUGGAAGCAGUUUUGCAGCGAGCUUCCCAAGCUCAAUCAAAUUAUUAUACCGCGUCACUUAGGAUUAGUGGAUGGAUGCAGUGUUAAUUUAAUAGGUUUCGCUGACGCUAGCGAAAGCGCUUACGGCGGAGUAGUGUAUAUGCAAGUCCGCAAUGGCUGUAACUAUUCUGUGCAAUUAGUUUGUGCCAAGUCUAAAGUCUCGCCAGUCAAAACCAUUUCGAUUGCAAGACUUGAAUUGUGUGCAGCCCUUCUGCUGUCACAAUUGCUUCGCAAGGUCAAGGACACAGUUUCGGCCCACUACCCCAUUAAUAAUAUUUUCGCUUUCACUGACUCCAAGAUAGUACUUGCUUGGAUUUAUUCUUCUCCGCAUCGCUGGCAGACUUUUGUCGCCAAUCGCAUUACCAAACUUAUAGAGUUUGUUCCCCCCACUUGUUUUAAUCACGUCCCGGGUAUUGAAAACCCCGCUGACUGCCUGUCUCGUGGAAUCCCUCCAAUGGCCCUUCUCGAUCAUCCCUUAUGGAAACGUGGUCCACCCUGGAUUAGCCAUGAUCCGUCAGAGUGGCCCAUUGAACCCUAUAGAGAGAAUACAGAAGUUGAGGACGUACCCGAGCAAAAAAUUGUCUCUCAUCCCGUGGUCGUUGAUGUUGCGCAUUCCCCGUUUUAUACACUCGCACAGCGCAUAUCAUCUUGGUCUAAGUUGUUACGCGUCAUCGUUUAUGUCUGCAGGUUUCUUAGGAAACUACCUAAAGGAACUUUUGUUUCAAUAUCCGAUCUGGAAUACGCAGAACGCAAAUUAUUAUUAUCCGUACAGGCUGUUCAUUUUAAUAAUGAUAUUCAAAGUUUAAAAAAUAACUUACAUGUUUCCCCCGCUCUUCUUAAACUUAAACCGUUUCUCGAUGAGAACGGUAUAAUACGCGUCGGUGGUCGUUUGUCAAAUUCAGACGAGCCUUAUAACUAUAAGCAUCCGUGCAUUCUUCCGCGUCAUGAUCAUGUAGUCGAUCUUCUUGUAGAAUUUUAUCACAAAAGGCAUCUUCAUGCCGGUCCAGAGCUACUUAUGUCCUUACUCAGGCAAAAGUACUGGAUUUUAGCUGCUCGGCGAACCAUUCGCCAGAUAAUACAUAAAUGUAACACGUGUUUUAGAUUUCGUCCGCGUCCAACUUAUCCUCUUAUGGCAGACCUUCCUAGCCAACGCGUGAACCAGGUAGAUAAGGCGUUCACAUUUACCGGUUGCGAUUAUGCUGGACCUCUACAGUACACUCCGAUACGUGGUCGAGGUGUUAAAGGUCGUAAGGCUUGGUUAUGCAUAUUCACAUGCCUAACAACGCGCGCUACGCAUAUUGAGAUUGCGACGGAUUUGAGCACGGUGUCUUUUCUAGCCGCACUAAAACGUUUUCUUUCGCGCCGCGGCCCUAUACAGUGCUUGUACUCUGAUAACGGCACUUGUUUCGUGGGCGCUAAUUCGUACUUACGCGAUUUAUAUAAAUUUCUAAAUGAAGAAUACCGCACACGUCUUCAAGACGAACUUUUGACCAAUCACAUUGAUUGGAAAUUUAUUCCGCCUGCCUCUCCACAUUUCGGGGGAUGCUGGGAGAGCAUGGUUAAGGUAAUAAAAACGCACCUCUUUAAGGUUAUAGGUCAACAAAUUCUUUCUUACGAGGAACUUUUAACUGUCCUCGCUCAAGUCGAGGCAUUGAUAAACUCGCGUCCGCUUACUACGUUGAGCAGCGAUCCCGCUGAGCCUUCUGCUUUAACUCCUGCGCACUUCCUAAACACAGUGCCAUUGUCGUCACUACCCGCUCCUGAAGCACAUUCAUCUAACAUGCUUCAAAGACAUACACUGCUCGACAAGCUCGUGCAGUCAUUUUGGCGGCGCUGGCGUUUAGAGUACUUACAUAAGCUGCAGACUAGAUAUAAGUGGAGUAGUCCUGCUUCGCCUAUACGGGAAGGAACGUUAGUUAUUAUCAUUAAUGACAAUUCACCACCGCUUUCGUGGCCACUAGGUGUCAUCGAAAAGUUACAUACCGCUAAAGAUGGUACAACUCGCGUUGUGACUGUUAAGACCGCGAAGGGAAGCUACGUGCGCCCUGUUGUACGUCUCUGUCCAUUACCUACCCAGUGAGAUCUAGUUGUAACCUAGAUCUCCUUCCUUUAGUUUGUAGGUUAGUUAUAAUUCAGUAAAUUGACGGUAAUGCGAUAGUUUACUUACUUAAGAAAUAUACUACUAUUUUUCAGUCUUUUUUAAAGGUAACCCUUUAAGGCCGGGGGAAUGUUAGCGCCAUCUGUAUUCCGCUAUUAUGUCUUAUACAUUUUAAUUCAAAUUGAGCGAUAUUCCCCAUCCUUUUCCACUGACGCCGUAUGCACGCUACUGAUUGGUCAAGACAAGUGGCGUGAUCUGCAAGCUCCUGCGCGGACGAAUCAACCCCCGAGGAGAAAGCAUUAUGCAUUGUCUCUUGAAAAUCGUCGCUAGCCGCGUCCGCUCGCUCCUCGGGCGAUAUAUCCGCUAAUAACUUUAAUCCUGUGCUUUUAUCCGCAUC